UCCAUUCGCGAUAUUGCUUUGGUUUGUGUUAAAGUGAAUAUAAUGGUAGUGUGUGUUGGCGGGUGGGUGGAGGAAGGUGGGGAGUGCGCAUGCGCGUUGGGUGCGGCUGUGGCGGGAGAUCAGCUGGGGUGCGAGGAGUUGUCGCGCGCCGGCUGGCUCAACACAGUGGCGACCUGGGCUGCUCCCUCCUCCUCCAUUACACUACCAGUGAGAGAUAUACACCUGUUUUAAAGGUAACAUGGUGACAAAUAAGGAAAGAGAAAUAAUCAUUGAUGCUAUUCGGGUUCUGAGGUCACGACGCGUCAGGCCGAGUGCUCGAAAAAUCGCCUGGUAUGUGAGGCGUGAACAUCUACUGUCGGAGUUGACGACGGAAGCGGUGCUAGAUGAGCUGGUGGAAAGCGAGGACGUGCUGCGUGUGGAGUACAAGGGUGCGACUUCGUACCGGGUGGCAGCUUCCUGGUCCAAGGCUGCUCUGGUCCGCCGCCGGCCCACACGCACCAAGGUGAAUGUUAUGAACAGUGAGUCAACAUGUCGCGCCCUACGGAUGGCUGUCGAGUCCUGCGGCCCCGGCGGAGCUAGCAAAGAACAAAUCGAGGAGAAGCUGAUGACCUGCGGCCAGAGCCGACUGGUCGACAAAUUAGAAGUGCUACUUCACCGUGAAAUUCGCGCGGGGACACUGCUACGGGUGGAAACUACCCACCGGACCGCCACGCUUAUUACUUACGUGGUUCCUGCGGAUGCCCCGGCCCCGCCGCCCUCGCCACCCUCGCCUGUCCUCGAGGAGGACUAUGCUGACGACACAGACGCUGCCGAGAUGAUGGAAGAGGCUGAAGAGGAGGAGCCUGCACAGGAGACACUGAUGGCGCCAGUUAACUUCGUGGAUGACAUGAAGGAGGGAGUGGAGGAGGCGCUCCUGCCGUCGCCGUCGGUGAGGGAGCCCAACGCCCUCAAGCGUGGUCUGGGCGGCCUCAAGCGUGGGCGGCGCGGGCGGCCGCCGCUUAAAAGCUACGCCAUCCCAACCAACUCAUCUCGGGGCCGAGCACCGUCCCGGCGCAACAAGGCUGUGAUGAUGGGUGGUCACCAGGUGCAAGAUGUGAAUUUUCCAGAUUGCGGGAAUCAAGUACUGGCUACUGCCUUGCCGUGGGCAGAUCUGGGGCCACCUUGCCAUAUACAGAGAGCCAAGAAAGUGUUUGAUCCAAGUGAGGGGGGACUUGCAGUAGUUGGACGCAAGAGAACUGUUUAUCGGUGUGAUGUGUGCUUCCAGACUGUCAAUCAGCACAGUGUGCAAGAGGACCUGCUGGUGUGCCACCGGUGCUCAGCAAGAGCUCACCCAAGCUGCCUGGGAUACAGCACCGAGUUAGCCGUGCGCAGUCGCCUGGCGCCAUGGACUUGUAUGGAUUGCAAACAUUGUGCCAUCUGCAACAUGGAUCACAAUAUAGGAACCCUAAUAUUCUGUGAUGAAUGUGACCGAGCCUACCACUUGACCUGCCACCAGCCACCACUGAAUGAACAGCCCCAGGGGUCCUGGAUAUGCUAUGCGUGCUCUCCUCAGUCCUCACAGAGUCCAUAUGACUGUUUACCUGGCCUGCCGACGCCCCGUGACUCUCCUGUACCUGACGAUGAAAGCCGUGGCUCUAGUGGCUCGUGGGACAACAAUAUUUAUGACCCAGAAAUUCCAAAUGUUACACACUGGACAGUGGAACAGAUCAUGGAGUACUUUGAUAACAAAGGCUUCAAAAUGGUCUCGGAAGUCUUCAAAGAACAGGACAUUGAUGGGACAGCCUUGCUCAUGCUGACACGGUCUGACGUGUUGAUGGGUCUCAACCUGAAGCUAGGUCCUGCUCUCAAGGUGUACAAGCAAGUGCGGAUUCUCCAAACCAGACUCACAAAUCCUCCCUUGCCUUGAAAGUUAUUAAUUCCUAGGGCUCCAUAAUACUCCCACAUACAUUCACACCAUGUAAAACAUUUUAACCAUACAAAAUGAUUUUAUUUCUCAAUUUAUAUCUUAUAUGUAUUUAAGAACUUUGGUGAAACUUACAUUUUAAGUGCAACUUUGUUGUAUUUUUUUUCUUUUGAGGUUAAUGUUGGAUGUAGGUGGGUGUAGUAGCAGGUUUAUGAAGUGAGUGCUGGGUUCAUAUGUAAGUUCCUCUUUUGUUUAGUUGAUCUCUUCCUGUCAAAUAUUACAUUAUUUAAUUUCUAACAUUGCUCUUCUGUAUUCUGUACUUCUCCAAUUGUUUUUUAUAUAAAUAAAAACAACUACAACAUAACAUAAAUACAAAUUAUGGUUAUUAUGCUUUUAUGAGAAUUGUUCUACAUUAAUGGCAGCUUUUUGUGAUACAUUAAGUAUUCCACCUAACAAAGUUUAUCUGCUACACAACGUUGAUCUUCGUAGCGAGGGGGAUGUUUCUUUUCAUGUUUUGUAAUAUGUUGGGUUAAGAAUAUAAUUUCUGAUCCUUUUAUUUAAAGUGUAUAAAGUGUAAAUAGAUCAUCCUAGUUUAAGGUAAAAAUAUAUCAUUAUUCUUGAAUCUUCAGUAAUGUAGAGAGAGAGAGAGAGUAAUGUUUCACCAUUACAUGCUUCACCAACGCCGCUUACCUUCUCAUUACUGCGUUGCCCUCCAUUCAGUGUAUGGUAGUUGUAGGCGAGACCUGCAAGAUAAACAUAGAUGUGUUUUGAAUUUUGUAAAAGUUUGAUGUUACAGUUACAAUGUAACUAAAUUAUUUUUGAAUGUAUAGUGCAGUUAUUUAAUAUGUAAAUAUUUGUUGUUAUUUGUUUUACAAAGCCUGUAUGCUCGGAAUUCAUACAAUGUGUUGAAUUCGGUAAUCAUGAAAUUAAACUUUUAUAAGGAAA